GCGCACAACCAGUGUUACCCGUGUGCUUUACGGAAACGUUUCGGGGUCGUCGAAAUUCGAAAAGUGGAAUUGAUAAAGUUUAUAUUUCGGAGUUGCUUUAACAUUAUUCUUCUUCACAUUAUGGCUUACAAAGCGCAGAAAGUACAGAAAGUUAUGGUCCAGCCAAUUAAUCUUAUAUUCAGGUAUCUUCAAAACAGAUCAAGAAUCCAAGUGUGGCUUUAUGAACAGACAAACAUGAGAAUUGAGGGACAUAUCAUUGGUUUUGAUGAGUACAUGAAUCUUGUUUUGGAUGAAGCUGAAGAAGUUCACAUAAAGAGGAAAUCGAGAAAGCCAUUAGGACGCAUAUUGUUAAAGGGAGACAAUAUAACACUUAUUAUGAGUGUUUCGGCGACAACAGCUCAAUAGCUCUCUGGUGGAUGAACCAUUUGUAUAUUAUUAUUUGUAUUUUAUUCUUUUCCAAUCAACUUAUCUCAAGGACAGCUGAGAGGUAUGACAGUUGAACGUACUAGUUAGCCAUCUCACUGUUCGUGCGUGUGGUCAAAAAGCUCGUCAUUAGUAAAGAUCUUUAGUCAUUUUUUGACUAAAAUUGAA